AUGGCGGGGACGCGCAGCGCCAGCCUCGACUGCGCACAGAGCUCGCCCUCUUCACGGAGCAGGGGGAUCCGGCUCGGGAAAAUAGUCCGGUCUCCGACUCCGGAGCCGAUGCGGCGAUCGCUGACUGGGGGCAAGCGCUACUACUCCCGCGGCUUCGAGCGCCCCAGGCACGAGCGCCGGGAGUUGUGGCAGCAGCUGCCCGAAGGCCUCGACCUGCUGCUGACCCACGGGCCUCCGCUGGGACGUCUGUGCAGCGACAAAGUGGGCGACGAGCUCCUGAAAGCCCGGCUGGCGGAGAUGGCGGCGCCGCCCCGGUUCCACGUCUUCGGUCCCGCCCCGCGCCCCGCGCCGCCAGGGACGCAGCAGGGGCUUGAUCGGGGCUCCAGAGGCGGGGGUCAAAGGCAGACGGGGGUCGGGCAGAGCGCCGUUGCGUGCGGCAGGACCAUGCAGGGCCAGGGUCGCACUGACCCGGGCUUGGGUGCAGCCUCCUGCAGCCGGAUCCUGCAAGGCCCGACUCACCCGGGUCUGGAUCUGGCCCGGGUCGGAGGGUCCCCGACUUGAGGGCGGGGCAUUUGGAAGUUCUUGUCCGUGCGGCUGAACGUGGAGCGCAGCCCUGUCAGGUCAAUCCACUCGAGAGAUUCAGGCACCAGCCCUUGGGUGACUUCCGAGGGGAGGGAGGGCAUCGAGUUUCUUGCUCCUUCGGCGGGUGCGAUCAAGCGGGAUUGUCCGCACUGGUAUUCCGAGAGCCGCCGUGCCUGAUUAGGGUGCUUGUUGGUUGGGCGAGACACCCGAGCAACCUGAUGUCGCGCAGCCUGAACCGCAGGAGGGGAAACAACA